CCCGCAUCGCCCCGCAUUACACACAUCGAACCUGCACCACAAGCACCGGACCCGUAUCGCGUCCACUGGACCCGCAUGGCACGCCUCGGGCAUACAUCACGCUCGCCAGACCUGCAGAGCACUCGCCGGACCCUCCCUGCACGCACCAGGCCCGCAUCACAUGCACCAGACCCUCCCUGCAUGCACCAGACCCACAUCUGCUCUGUACGGCAUCCAGACGUGUCUCCCGGCACCAUGGGGCGUUGCAGGAGCCGGAGCCGCUCUGCAAUUGAGAUUUUAUUAUUUAAUGGCUUAAUGCUCCAUCUCCGAAGGGAUACAGAAAAUACAUGAGCUGAUUGAUGAGCCGGGUGCUCCUUUUCUCUCCUCCCCGCAAGUUCACCAGCGCCCAGGACCUGCAGCACUGCAGCAAUGUCUCUGCCGGGGAGCAGACGCUCGUCCACCGGAUCGCGCAGUCGUGGGGUUUAUGGACGGAGUGGCUUUGCCUCCUUCUUUAAGUCUUCAGCGCCCUCAGCCACUCGGCCUGAGACACAGCCUCUUCUCCCUGCCUCCAGGCGCCCCUCGCCCCCCGGGAGGGACACCUACGGCACCUCCUCGCUGAGCAGCAGCAGCAAUUCUGGCUCCUGCAAGGGCAGCGACAGCAGCCCCACCCCAAGGCGCUCGGCCAAGUACAACCUCUGCAGCGACAACCAUGGGAUAAAGCCGCCGACGCCGGAACAGUACCUGACGCCCCUGCAGCAGAAGGAGGUCUGCAUCAGGCACCUGAAAGCUCGCCUGAAGGACACGCAGGAGCGGCUGCAGGACAGGGACGCCGAGAUCGAGGACCUGAAGACGCAGCUGUCGCGGAUGCAGGAGGACUGGAUCGAGGAGGAGUGCCAUCGCGUGGAGGCCCAGCUGGCGCUGAAGGAAGCCCGCAAGGAGAUCAAGCAGCUGAAGCAGGUCAUUGACACGGUGAAGAACAACCUGCUGGAGAAGGACAAGGGGCUCCAGAAGUAUUUCGUGGACAUCAACAUCCAGAACAAGAAGCUGGAGACGCUGCUGCACAGCAUGGAGGUGGCGCAGAACGGGGCGCUGAAGGAGGAGGGGGCCGGCGAGUCGGCCGGGGGGUCCCCGGCCCGAUCCCUCACCCGCAGCUCCACCUACACCAAGCUGAGCGACCAGGGGGCCGGAGACCGCAACGUGGGGGGCUCGCAGACCAUCUCGCUGGACGAGGGGGCCGACAGCGGCUUUGCGGGGGCGGAGGAUGCUCCCGGCCACACGGACCCGCUGGAGGUGGGGGGCGAGCCCGGCGGCCGCCUGCCCCCCAGUUCCACCUACGAGAAGCUGCUGGGGCUGCGGGGCGGCGUGGAGGCUGGGGUGCAGGCCAGCUGCAUGCAGGAGCGGGCCAUCCAGACGGACUUCGUGCCCUGCCAGCCCGACCUGGACACCAUCCUGGAGAAGGUGAUGAAGUCCCAGGCUUGCAGCUUAGGCAGCCCCACGUCAGCCUGGGUCUCCGAAAUGGAAGACGUGAUGCCUGGCCCCGAGCUCUCCAACCCCGCUGGGACCAUGGACCUGCCGGCAGCCGAGCCCGCCGCCGCCGUGCCGGGUGCCGGGGCCGAGGGGGGUACCCCCUGCAACCCGGCGGUGCGGCAGCCCCCCGGCGCCAGCCCCUCCGUGGCCAUCGCCUGCGUGGCGGAGGAGGAGAUGACGGAGGUGACCGGCUGCGAGGCCGCCCCUUCCAAGAGCUACUGGAGCCGCCAUUUCAUCGUGGAUCUGUUGGCGGUGGUGGUGCCAGCGGUACCCACGGUGGCCUGGCUGUGCCGCUCGCAGCGCCGGCAGGGCCAGCCCAUCUACAACAUCAGCUCGCUGCUGCGGGGCUGCUGCACCGUGGCCCUCCACUCCAUCCGCAGGAUGGGCUGUCGCCCCGUCGCCAACCCCGGGGGCAGCGCCCAGCCCUGACCCCCCCGCACCCCGACACCCCACGCCCGCCCCCACGGACCCGACCACUGAUUGUAAAGCCCCCUGCCAUGUCCCCGCUCUCCCCGGGGUCCUUCAUUGGCUCUGGCUCGUUAUGCAGCCCUGGGGGGGGUGGGAAAGGGCCGGGGGGGUUCUGUGGGUGCAUUGGGGUGUGCUGGCCCCCCCCCCCCCCAGCUCCUUUGUCCUGGAGGAGGGAAAGGACCGUUGCUGGAAGAGAGGUGCCAAGCGGCGAUGCCCACAUGUGGCACCGAGCAUCGUGCUGCAGCUCCCUGCCCGACGGACACCACGGUGCCUCCAGCUGCAG